UGCACAGCCCUCCCCGGCGGGGACUCGUCUGCCGCCUGCGGGGCGGGCGGCGGUGACAGCGCGCCGGCGAGGCCGGGGAGCGCGGAGCGCCGCCGCCGAAGACCAUGAGGAAAUUCAACAUCAGGAAGGUGCUGGACGGCCUAACGGCGGUCUCCUCCGCUGCCUCGGCAUCGUCCGCCUCGCAGCAGCAGCAGGCGGGGAACCGGGAGACCGAAAUCCAGGAGACGCUUCAGUCCGAGCACUUCCAGCUCUGCAAGACUGUACGCCAUGGUUUCCCUUAUCAACCUUCUGCCUUGGCAUUUGAUCCAGUUCAGAAAAUACUGGCCAUCGGGACUCAGACUGGAGCACUAAGGCUCUUUGGUCGGCCAGGAGUUGAAUGCUACUGCCAACAUGACAGUGGAGCUGCAGUAAUUCAGCUUCAGUUCCUGAUUAAUGAGGGAGCUCUUGUGAGUGCCUUGGCUGAUGAUACCUUACACCUGUGGAACUUACGUCAGAAGAGACCUGCUAUACUUCAUUCACUCAAAUUUAACAGAGAACGGAUAACUUUUUGUCAUCUGCCUUUCCAAAGUAAAUGGCUGUAUGUGGGCACCGAAAGAGGAAACAUUCACAUCGUCAAUGUGGAAUCAUUUACUCUCUCAGGCUAUGUCAUCAUGUGGAAUAAAGCCAUUGAACUGUCAUCCAAAUCUCACCCAGGACCUAUUGUGCACAUUAGUGACAAUCCAAUGGAUGAAGGAAAGCUUCUGAUUGGCUUUGAAUCUGGAACAGUGGUGUUAUGGGACCUGAAAUCAAAGAAGGCAGAUUACAGAUACACACAUGAUGAGGCAAUCCACUCUGUGGCUUGGCAUCAUGAAGGAAAACAAUUCAUUUGUAGUCACUCAGAUGGUACCUUGACAAUAUGGAAUGUAAAAUCUCCUACAAAGCCAUUCCAGACAAUCACUCCACAUGGAAAGCAGCUGAAGGAUGGAAAGAAGCCAGAACCCUGUAAACCUAUCCUUAAGGUGGAAUAUAAAACAACUAGAGCUGGGGAGCCUUUCAUCAUUCUGUCAGGAGGCUUGUCAUAUGACACUGUAGGAAGAAGGCCCUGUUUAACAGUUAUGCAUGGGAAAAGUACUGCUGUGUUAGAGAUGGAUUAUUCUAUUGUUGAUUUUCUAACUCUCUGUGAAACACCGUAUCCUAAUGACUUUCAAGAACCAUAUGCUGUAGUUGUUCUCCUAGAAAAGGACUUAGUGCUGAUUGACCUUGCACAAAAUGGGUACCCUAUAUUUGAGAAUCCCUAUCCUUUGACUAUACAUGAAUCUCCGGUUACCUGUUGUGAAUAUUUUGCUGAUUGUCCUGUGGACCUCAUACCUGCACUCUAUUCAGUUGGUGCUCGACAGAAGCGUCAAGGUUACAGUAAGAAGGAAUGGCCCAUCAGUGGAGGCAACUGGGGUUUGAUCACUCAGAGCUACCCAGAGAUAAUUAUUACAGGGCAUGCUGAUGGGUCACUCAAGUUUUGGGAUGCCUCAGCAAUAACGCUGCAAGUACUCUAUAAGCUAAAAACAGCCAAAGUAUUUGAAAAAUCACGGAAUAAAGACGACAGGCCAAACACAGAUAUAGUGGAUGAAGAUCCAUAUGCUAUUCAGAUCAUCUCAUGGUGUCCAGAAAGUAGAAUGCUGUGCAUAGCUGGAGUUUCUGCACAUGUCAUUAUUUACAGGUUCAGCAAGCAGGAAGUGACAACAGAAGUCAUUCCGAUGCUGGAAGUCCGUCUGUUGUAUGAAAUAAAUGAUGUGGAAUCUCCAGAUGGUGAGCAGGUGCCACCUUUACCAACUCCAGGCACAGGUUCCAAUCCUCAAUCCAUUGUUCCCCAGUCUCAUCCAUCCACUAGUAGCAGUUCAUCUGAUGGACUUCGUGAUAAUGUCCCAUGUUUAAAAGUUAAAAAUUCUCCUCUCAAGCAGUCUCCAGGCUACCAAAUUGAGCUAGUUAUCCAGCUAGUGUGGGUGAGUGGAGAACCUCCUCAACAGAUAACCAGCUUAGCAGUCAACUCGGCGUACGGCUUAGUAGUUUUUGGAAACUGUAAUGGUAUUGCCAUGGUCGAUUACCUCCAGAAGACAGUGCUCUUGAAUCUAGGCACUAUUGAACUGUAUGGCUCCAAUGAUCCUUACCGCAGGGAGCCACGCUCUCCCCGAAAAUCCCGGCAACCGUCUGGAGCAGGUCUUUGUGAUAUUAAUGAAGGUACAACGGUGCCAGAAGACCGCUGCAAAUCACCCACUUCAGGUUCUGGUUCACCAAACAAUUCUGAUGAUGAUCAAAAAAUGAAUAAUUUUAUAGAAAAGGUGAAGACCAAAAGCAGAAAUUUUUCCAAGAUGGUAGCCAAUGACAUAGCAAAGAUGUCCAGGAAGCUAAGUUUGCCAACUGAGUUAAAGCCUGAUUUAGAUGUCAAAGACAACUCUUUCAGUCGAUCCCGGAGUUCUAGUGUAACUAGCAUUGAUAAAGAGUCACGUGAGGCAAUUUCAGCUCUCCAUUUCUGUGAGACUUUCACAAGAAAGAAUGAUACAUCACCUUCCCCUUGCCUGUGGGUUGGGACCACGCUGGGUACAGUGCUUGUUAUUGUACUGAACUUACCCCCAGGAGGAGAACAAAGACUUCUUCAGCCAGUAAUUGUUUCUCCUAGUGGAACCAUCCUGAGGCUAAAAGGGGCAAUCUUGAGAAUGGCUUUUCUGGAUACAACAGGAUCUUUGGUCCCACCAGCACAUGAGCCCUGGAGAGAACACAAUGUUCCUGAAGAUAAAGAUGAAAAAGAUAAAUCGAAAAAGCGACGACCUGUCUCAGUGUCCCCCUCUUCCUCUCAGGAAAUAAGUGAAAACCAAUAUGCAGUGAUAUGUUCAGAAAAGCAAGCAAAAGUUAUCUCACUGCCAUCCCAGAACUGUAUUUAUAAACAAAACAUAACAGAGACUUCUUUUGUUCUUCGUGGAGACAUAGUAUCAUUGAGUAACAGUAUCUGCCUUGCAUGUUUCUGUGCCAAUGGACAUAUUAUGACUUUUAGUUUGCCAAGUUUAAGGCCAUUGCUGGAUGUAUAUUACCUGCCACUCACCAAUAUGCGGAUAGCCAGAACAUUCUGCUUCACCAAUAAUGGACAAGCACUCUAUCUUGUAUCACCAACGGAAAUACAGAGGCUCACCUACAGUCAAGAAACAUGUGAAAAUCUUCAGGAAAUGUUGGGUGAGCUCUUCACUCCUGUAGAAACACCAGAAGCACCAAACAGAGGGUUCUUUAAAGGCCUGUUUGGAGGUGGGGCACAGUCACUCGACAGAGAAGAACUCUUUGGAGAAUCAGCAGCUGGGAAGGCAUCAAGGAGUCUUGCCCAGCAUAUUCCAGGGCCUGGGGGUAUUGAAGGUGUCAAAGGAGCAGCAUCUGGUGUAGUUGGUGAACUAGCACGAGCCCGGUUGGCACUAGAUGAAAGAGGACAGAAACUAGGAGAACUGGAAGAGAAAACUGCAGCUAUGCUUUACAGUGCUGAUUCUUUCUCUAAACAUGCUCAUGAGAUGAUGUUGAAGUACAAAGACAAGAAGUGGUACCAAUUCUGAUGAGCUCAUCAAUUACAUCUGUUUAAUUUUGUCCUGAUGGAAAAAUCUUGGGUUUUCAUUAAUUUUGGCAGGACCAUUGAAAAUUAAAGGAGUAUUCAUCAUUGGAUACUGUGUUUCCUAGCACAAAUCACACACUGUUUUACCUCAGUCGUGGCAUUAACUGAGGAGCUUUAUAUUUAAAAGAAACACACACAAAAAGCAAACUUGAGUGUUUCUUAUUCUUGAGUGAUUAGCUGAGAGUUGGAAUAGAGAAGGUAACCAGAACAUGUGGAAAAGAGGGUAAAAGUUAAAAUGUAGUGUGAGAUGGGCAGGGGCAAUGCAGGGUCAAUCCUGUGUUAAUAUUUCAUAUGCCAAAAGUUUUUGUGCUAUUGUAAUUGCUGCCAGUGUUAUACCCUCCUGUGAGGAGAGGCAAUAAAUCGGGGGUCCAAGAGCUGGAAUAAAGUUGUUUGUCUUGCUGGAAGGUAGCUGACUUACACUUACCCUCUCUAGGACUCACUAUAUUUACCAUUAUUGCUGAGGAAGAGUUUGCUGUCACUUCUUUCGUCAGGAAAGCUGGAAGCUUGGAAGAUGUCUUGUUGAAAAUUGUAUACAUAGUUGACUUGUGCAUAGUCUUUUCUUCGGCCCCUGAUCUAGUAUUCUUGUAUUCACAUCCUAUUCUGUGAAGUGGAAAACAAGAGAAAACACAAUUUUUGCAUUAAAAAAGUCAAGUGAAUAAUAUGACUGGAAUGUGUCAUGCUGGGAGUUUUCAUUUGUGUUAUGUCUGUGCAAUGUGAAAUGUGGUAACAUCUUCAGUGUGGUAAGAAUACUUCAAUUUCUGUUCAGUUAAAUAUUCUUUUUUUGCCAAAAAUAGCUAUUGGUUCAGUUUGUAUAACAUUUAGAAUCGGCUGUGGGUUCCAUUCAUGCUGUGAAUUUUUAUAAAUGUUUAACAGAAUGUAUCUUUACAGCCAUUAAUUAAAAUAGCUGAGAUAGUUUUGCUUAAAACUCAAAUUCUAGAUGCCCCUUUAGUCCUUUACAAUGAAAUCAGAUAAUCUUGGACUCAGGUUUUCGAAGUUUUACACUCUGUGGAGGUGCUGAUGCAUGAAUAUUGGCAAGCGUCUAAUAUCCUAAUAGUUGUCAGUAUAUUGUUUAGAAAAUUCCUGCUAGUACAGCUAUUUUCAAGUACCUAUCUUGACCCCACCCAGCACUAAAGGCAGUUGGCUAAAGCUUUGAUUUAGUCUCUGAAGCAGUGUUUUCAGUGUGGGCUGUGCUAAGUAUCCACUAAAACUUCAGGAAUUCGUGAAAUAAUGGUGUGUUUGGGUAAGGUAAACAAUAUUGUGGAGCUAACUUGUUAAUGGCUGCUGCACUUAAGCUGUAACAGUGUGAAUGACAAGAGCUCUUUUUAAAAAGAGAGAAUUCCUUAAGAUAAAUGUUUGCAUUUCAAAAAUAUAUUUAGGCGUUUUUUGUCAAAGCAGGAAUAGUUACUGACUGACUUUGUUUUAUAAAAGGGAGUACUUAGAAGCAGAUAGAUCUACGCUGUUUGAAAUUAUUCUUUUUGGCUUUGCUUCACCAAGCAUCACAUCCUUUGUGGGAUUUCUGGCACAUGUUCUGAAUAUUCCCAAAGCAAAACCUUGGUUAUAUUUGUAUUGUUAAGUGUUGUUGCAGAUACAUAGAUAAGGCAACCUUUCAAAACACUCAACGCAUGCGAAAUAUUGAAGUAACUGAUGGUUCCUAAUGAAUUUUUCAAAUGAAAGGUAAAUAUGUUUGGGCUUUGUAGCACACACUAAAUCUUCUGAUUCCUUGUAUAGUAACACUUAAUUAAAACGGACAAGUGAAUUCUGUUCUUAGUACAAGGGCAUGCCAUACCAUGUCCACUGCUCAAAGAACAAAUGAGAAUGUGACAAUUUGAACAAGCAGCAUUAUAAUUUCCUUAUGGCUCUGUCCCAUACCUACUGAGGCAAUGUUAACUCCAGUUACUUGUCUUCCCAUGCAGUUUUUGCCUUUGCAUGCUAACUUUUUGUGUCUAAUGCAUAUUUAAACCAAUUCCAUUUUGUCAGAAAUUCAGGUAGGAGAAAACUUGAUGAACAGCUAUCCAUACCAUUUCCAAAAAUAAAACACCCUAGCUGACACUUACUCCCUUUGUUCUGUCACAUAUGUAAAUUGAGAUGACUUAUUAUUUGACAUAGUGAAGGUGAACUGUGUUUCAGAGCAACAGAUCCUGGAAAAUUAGUCUGGUCAGGCUCUGGGGGAGAUGAUGGCAAAAGUACUCUUCAGCAGAUCGUGGUAUCAGUUCAAUGGACGAUGAUCUUGGCUUAAAAGGGAAGCGUACUUCUCAUCAAGAAACAUUUUGACAACCACCAGCAAGCAAAAAAAAUAAGUGGCAGUGGGAGACCAUCUGCCAGUACAAGAAGAGUGUAGUGGCUUUUUUGGUAUUAUAAAAUUUAUCAUAGUUGAAUCUUUCUUCUGUUGCAUAUGUUCAGAGCAUGCUUAUAGAUUUGAAAACUAAUGAUUGCUCAUGAGAUGAAUACACAAAUGGUUCUUGGUCAAUAAAAGGGGCUAUGUACAAUUUUUGUCUAAAACGUUCCUGUUUCCUUCUCUGUGGAAGGAAAAUGAUCGUACACACAUCGUUGCAUCUUGUUCUGCUAUUGGUGGUGCACCUUUUGUACAGCAAAGUAUAUUGAAAUCCUUGGGGGGAAGCUCCCCUGUCUUUUCGCUGGCAUUUUAGUUGUGUGAAACUUUUUUAGGGUGUCUGGAAAACUAUAAAAUAGAACUGAGCUAUUACUUUUUUAUUUUUAUGAUGGAAGUGUAAGAAACUGCUGCUACCUAUCUGUUUAUAUGUAGUGUGUCUCAUUAGGAACUGUAAACCGAAGAAGUUUUUUUUCACCUUUAGUCCUGCCAAAUUGUAACUUUUGAAUGCUGGUCUGUGUAAAUAUGUGUGUAUUCCAAAUAUGUCUGAAAGUGUUACACCACAGGCAUCUCCAGUGAUUCGUUCUUCAGCAAACAGUCAGAUAUAAAAUAUAGUAAUAGAUAGCUGUGUUCCUUGUCUGUCGUUAUGCCAAUAUUUUUGCCUGAGGUGGUACUUGUGUGGCAGGUGAUGCUGGAAAGCUAUAUCCAAAGGAGGAUUUUUGGAAGCAAGUUCAUUUCCUCUUUUUUGCUUUCAUUUGCCUUUUCUCUUUUCCGUUGUUGGCUUUUUUAUUUUUUGUUGCUUACUUAAUGGCACUGAUCUUACCUGAACUUUUAAACUUGAAUUUUUCCUGCACUUUAAUUCAAUCAUGGUAUUUUAUUCCUUAAUUUUGUUUCUGCAUUUGUGCAGUUCAGGUUCAUUAUUUGUAUAUAAACACACAUGUUCAAUAAAGACUUUAGAACAGAUUACUUUCAGGCACAUUUGCUUAUUAUGUGACUAUCAUUUAGAAUGUGUGUUUUCUUAGCAAAAUAUGUAUAUACAAUAUAGACUCUAAUGAAAGGCACGUAUCCUGUGUCAGCAUUCAGUUUAUAAAUUACUGCAACACUGUCACAUUUGUUACUAGUUACUACAAUAAAAUCUGUUAUAUUUAUACAUACUGCUUAAGAAUAUACUUUUAGUUUUAAAUAAUUUUUAUAUGUACACUUCUACCUUUAAUUUUAAAAAGACUUAUGUUCAACUUUUAAGUCAAAGUACUUAAAGUAUGUAUAUUAUCCAUAGAAGAAGUUGUUUUAAGCUUAUGAAUACAUUCAUAUCUCAUAUGGAGAUGAUAAAAUUACUAAGCAAUGAAAACAAAUAGCCCAUUUUGCUUUACAGAAACAAUCAUACUUAUUUUUACAUCCCAUUUUGAACAUUCUUUAACAAUUCCCUAAGUAAGGAGAGGACAGAUCAUGCACUCAGAAAUCUAAUGUAAUGAAAAAGUUAUCUCAGUAACUGCAGUCUGUGGCCAACUGGUUUUCUAUGGGUUUAUUUUUUUUUUAGGUAUACACAUGAAAGAUAUUUUUCAGCUUUAUUUCUUGAACUCUUAAAAUUCCCCAAAACAAGUGAGGGUUAUCCAAUAAAUAGUUUCUUUGAGUUAUUAAUCCUUUCAUUUUCUUGAUGUAUUAAUCUUGAUUAUACAUCAGCUCUUUACAUGUAAAACAGGAAUUUUUUUUGUAUACCAAACAUGCAUGAGAAAACACUCAGCCUAUGGCUGAAGUGCCCUCUUCUUUCCUACCAUGCUUUAACAUAGGUGAGCACAGAUAGCAGCUGGGGUCUGGUGUGGGGGAAGGUGGGCAGCACCUUGCCUCACUCACUGAGUGGCAGGGUAACCUAUCAGUUGAACCUUUUCUCAUUCUAGCCAAUUUCUUGUAUAACUACAUGAAUCUUUUGGGGUGGAUGUUGGUAGUUUUGCUGUGACCACAAAAUCUUCAAAUACUUUGUAGACAGAAAUUAAUGCUGUUUGAGGGGAGGGAGGAAGUAAACAGAAAAAAAGGUGUGGUGUAGGUGAAAAGCUAAAUUAAGCCGGGCUAAUUUCUUCUUACAUGUGCUAAAAAGAUAUGCUGUAUAUCAUCUAAUUGAUUACUGUUUCAAAGCAGAUGAACGUAUGGUGCUUCUGGGUUCUUUUGCACCUUAAAGUUUAGGCUUGAAGAGAUGGAUGUUCAUUUUUUAAAAGAUAAAAAGGGGAAAAGAAGCAGAAAUAUAGAACAAUCAAAUGUCAGAUGUCAAUCAGUAUUUCUUUCAGUUUUCCAUGUAAAACAUACAAAACGUUUAAGUCAUACAACUGUAGGUUACUUUGACACUUGUUUUACCAGGCAAAUAGUAAUCAAAAGUUAAACUGUUUCAGUUGAAAACAUGUAAGGAGUUGUAUGUGGAUUACCACUACUAUUCAGUAAUAGGUGAUGCAAAGGGAGAGGGGUGGGAACAUGUUUUAAAUAUUCCCUUUUAAAAAAGAAUUGUAAAUAAGCAGUACUGUGUUAUUUUAGACCUGAGCUCUGCUGUCUGUAGUGGUUAGAACUAGGAAAACAUGCUGCUUUCUAGUUAUGCUACUGUUUCAUUGUACCAGCACCAUGGGGUGGGGGGAAAGGGUAAAACCAGUAAAUUUCUCUAACACUGCCCCAUUGUGGGUAAGCAUGCUUGAUGUGUAGCGGUUCCUGUUUAUGUAUCUCUUAGUGUGUAUGUGUGUUUUCUUUCUUUCUUUUUGUUCAUUGCAACUUACUCUUCAGUUACGUCUUGCUGAGCCCCACUAGCUCUUCUGAGGGUGAUUACUGGAAUAUGCAUUUUAGGUAGGGUUGCAAAUCCAUCUGUCUACAAAUAUAGUUUCAUAUGAACUGCAAACUGUACUGUUACAAACACAACUAUGUUAGAUUGCAUAGAGUUAUUUUACUUACAUGUACUUGAACUGAACUAUGUCAUCAUAACAAAGUUAAAAAAUUAAGUAUGGAAUAUUUUUGUAAAUAAAAAUACCUGUGCAGCUGGUAUUUUAAAUUUAAAAUGUAUUAUACAUUAAUGUUUCAGAAAAAAUGUUCAUAUAUGUGUAUAUGAAUGUGUCAUUAUGCUGAAGGGCUCUUGAUUGGGCAAAAUAAACUAUUCAAAUCUCUCCUGCAA